AUGGAAGGUCCAACAUACAUGUAUUCCAUUCGGGGUAAGCAGCAUUUAUAUGUCGGAGAUCCAGAACUUCUCAAAGAGUUAAAUAUAACAAGGAGCUUUGAUCUUGGUAAGUCUCCUACUAUGACCAAGGUUGUGAGGCCUUUGCUAGGAGAUGGCAUCCUUAUGGCUAAUGGAAAUCAUUGGUCCUUCCAACGAAGUAUUAUUGCUCCUCAAUUUUUUCUAUCCAAGAUUCAGAAUAUGGUAGAUCUCAUGGGAGAAUCUACAAAGGAAAUCAUGAGAAAAUGGGAGAGAUGUAUAGGAGAAAAUGGAGGGAAAAUGGCUGAGAUUGUGAUUGAGAAUGAUUUGAAAGCACUCACAACUGAUGUCAUUUGCAAAGCUUGUUUUGGUAGAUCAUAUGUUCAAGGAAUUCAAAUUUUUGAUAAACUUGCAUCCUUGCAAUCAACAUUGGCGAGACCAACCCUUCCUUUUGGGUUUUCAAUCCUCAGAUAUCUUCCUACCAAGGGAAACAGAGAAAUAUGGAGGUUGGAGAAAGAGAUAGAGAAGCUAAUACUAAAAGUGGUCGAAGAUCGUGAGCAAGAUAACCAGAAUAAUGUAAAUCAAAACCAAAAGGACUUGUUACAAAUAACUAUUGAUAGUACCACUGAUGCCAAUCAUAGUGGAUGGGGCAUAUUGAAGAAGCUAAGGCACAAACAUGAAGCCAAGAAACUGAUUGUGGAUAUGUGCAAGAACAUAUACUUUGCAGGUUCAGAAUCCACAGCUGUAUUAGUUAUGUGGACUUUGAUUAUUUUAGCAUCCCAUCCCCAAUGGCAAGAACGUCUUCGCUCUGAGAUUCUUGAAACCUAUCCCAACAUCUCGACAUAUUGCUUUCGUGAUAUGGACAAAUUUCGAAAGUUGAAACAAUUAACAAUGGUGAUUCAAGAGUGCUUGCGCCUAUAUUCACCUGGAAUAAUAGUGUCAAGGGAGGCAUUAGAAGAGAUCAAAUUAGGUGAAUUGAUGGUUCCUAAAGGAACCAUCAUUCAAUUCUUCAUCCAAGCAUUGCACAGAGAACCAGAUGUUUGGGGACAAGAUGCCACAGAGUUCAAACCUGAAAGAUUUCUGGGGGGAGUUUCAGAGGCAUGUAAGAAUCCAAAUGCUUACAUGCCAUUUGGAGUUGGAAGUCGAAUAUGUUUAGGCCAAAACUUUGCAUUGACAGAAGCAAAGAUAAUGCUCUGUCUUCUUUUGUCUAACUUCUCCUUCUCUAUUUCGCCUAAUUAUCGCCAUUUUCCUUCCUACAACAUGCUCCUGAAGCCAAAAUAUGGAGCACCCAUCCUUGUUACCAAGUUAUAA